UGUUGUCUUUCUGAUGUCAUUUGUAUUAGUUGUGUAAAUUGAAUUUUUAAAUUAAAUAUUUUGAGUACAAAUGAACUUAGUCAUACUUACAAUCACUAUGAAACAUAUAUAAUAACAGACCCGUUCGCAUUAUAUCCUCAAACUAAACACUCAAAUCGAUUAAAUUAACUAUACUUUACACAAUAUUUCACCACCGCGAAGCCAAUUACUGUAUACAGUAAAUGAACAUUGCUUCAAUAUUAGGAAAAUUCUGUUAUAGUGGUGUAUGUUUGAAAAGUGUGUGCAAAUCGCGUGUUAAUCCUUUUAGAAUCCAAGUGCUUAGAAUGGGAUUACUUACCGAAGGAAGCCCUUUGACUUGGGAAGAAACAAAAGCUUUAGCAGAACAUGUGCGCCAGCACGGAAUUGAACAAUUCAUUAAUUUAUAUAAGAAACUCAGAGAUCGUACUGGAGAUGUACUUAAAUGGGGGGAUGAGGUAGAAUAUAUUAUAGUAAAAUUUGAUGAUGAAAAUCAACGUGCAACAGUUAGCCUGAGAGCUGAUGAGAUUCUACCUGAAUUACAAAAGAAAGAACUAGAAGAUCCUCAAAAUGUAAAAUCUUUGUGGCGGCCAGAGUAUGGUGCAUAUAUGAUAGAGGGUACACCAGGAAAACCUUAUGGAGGCCUUUUAGCACAUUUCAAUAUUGUAGAGGCCAAUAUGAAGUUUCGUAGAGCUGAAGCUAGUACAUUAUUGAAAGAUGGUGAAGUUAUAAUGAGUAUUACAAAUUUUCCAAGGUUAGGCUGUCCAGGGUUUACAAGCCCACCUUACGAACCAACACCAAGUUCAGGUGUAACCAGGUCACACUUCUUUCCUGAUGAAUCCAUCUAUCCAGGGCACCCUCGCUUCAAGACCCUAACAUCUAACAUAAGACACAGAAGAGGGGAGAAGAUGGCAGUAAAUUUACCAAUAUUCCGCGAUGUCAAUACAAAGAUACCUGUAGAUAAUUAUCACGAGCUUGAGAAGGGAGUGGCUCAGCCCGAUUGCGUGUACAUGGACGCAAUGGGGAUGGGUAUGGGCUGCUGUUGCUUGCAGCUUACGUUCCAAGCAUGCUGCAUUACAGAGGCCCGCACUCUCUACGAUCAACUAGCACCUUUAUGCCCAAUUAUGUUGGCCUUAUCGGCAGCGUCGCCGAUAUAUCGCGGCUACCUCACGGAGGUGGACUGUCGCUGGAACGUAAUAUCCGCGUCAGUGGACUGCCGCACGCGGGAGGAGCGUGGGCUCGAACCACUAAAGAAUAAUAAGUUCCGAAUUCAGAAAUCACGCUACGACUCCAUCGACUCCUAUCUGUCCCCGGAGCAUGAGAAAUACAAUGAUAUUCAAAUAGUGCACGAUCCCAACAUAUACCGACGCCUUCGCGAGGGCGGCAUCGACCACCCGCUUGCGUUGCACGUUGCUCAUUUGUUUAUUCGGGAUACCGUGUCGCUGUUUUCUGAAAAAGUCAACCAAGAUGACGAAAAUGACACUGACCAUUUUGAGAACAUUCAGUCGACGAACUGGCAGACGAUGCGCUUCAAGCCGCCGCCGCCGAACUCGCGUAUCGGCUGGCGCGUCGAGUUCCGCCCGUGCGAGGCGCAGCUCACGGACUUCGAGAACGCGGCUUAUGUUUGCUUUGUGGUGCUGCUCACGCGCGUUAUACUGUCCUAUCGGUUGAACUUUGUUCUACCUAUCAGUAAGGUGGACGAGAACAUGCAGCGCGCACAGCGGCGCGGCGCGUGCACUCAGGAAAAGUUCUGGUUCCGACGCGAUGUGCGCUCGCCUGACGCCGACGUUUACGCUGAGAUGACCAUCAACGAGAUCGUCAACGGAAAGGACGGCGUGUUCCCGGGUCUGGUGCCGCUGAUCGAGUCGUACCUGUCGGGCAUGGACGUGGACGCGGACACGCACUGCUCGGUGCAGCAGUACCUCAAGCUGAUCCAGCGCCGCGCCGCCGGGGAGAUCUCCACCAUGGCCACCUGGAUGCGCGAGUUCGUCACGCAACACCCCGCCUACCAGAAGGACUCGGUUGUGUCGGAGAAGAUAAACUAUGACUUGUUGAAGACCGCCCACGGUAUACAGACGGGCUCGAUCGCGGCGCCCACGUUGCUCGGCAGCAGCAACGUAUCCAAGACUAACGAAGACAUUCCCAAAGCAUUUACUAAAAUGAUGAACAAAGACUGUCCCUAAACUUUACCCACAAUACAUACACGUAGUGCCUUCCGACUAGCGGCUUUGGUUUUCGGUUUUGUUACUAUACUCACUCCUACAAUUAUAAUGAAAAAUGUUUAUUAGUUAUAUGUGUGAGAUGGUUAAAUAGUUCUUUAGAGGGUCUUUAGGGUCUUACAUGGAAAUCUAAAAGGUUUAUGAAUUUUAUCUGUGAAAGUAUAAAUUUUAAAUGACAUCCAUAUUAAUUAGUAAUAAUUAUUCACUGAAGUUCACUCAGUACAUUUUUUUUAUUUCUUUACUCAUGAUUAUAUGACCACAAGAAAGUCUUAAGUCCAAAAUUGACAAAAAUACAAAUUGUUUUUCAUAGGAUGUAUCGUUUAAUAACGCUGUAUUUUUUUCUUACUUUUUAUAUUAUGUUAGCUAUUAGUUUAUAACAGCAUUACAAACAUGCACUUUUGAGUAUUUAGAAAAUUUUAUUAGAUCCUAUUAGGAUUAUGUGCAAGUUUACUAUUAAUUGCCGUUGUGUGUGUUGAGAGAGGUUGUGAUCGAUUUUAUUAUUCGAAGUAUAUUGUUUAGAAACCAAUGAAUUCAAUUAUUUUCGUCGACGCUGGACGUACUAUUUUACAAAUUAAGGAUAUUGCUGUCUUAUUUAUAUAAUUAAUAAUGUCACAAAAUUAAAAUUGCAUCAACUGUUUUAUGUUGGAAAUCAUAGAAUAAGUAAGUGGCUCUAAAGAUAAAACGUGCCUUUAACAAACAGAUGUGCAAUAAAAUAAAGUACUUAUGUUUAAUUUUUUAAACUAUAAAAGUUGCAAUAUUUCUAUUUUUACCUAAUCAAUUAUUUUUUAAUUAUUUCUGCUAUUGUAAUCAUUAUCCUUUUCUUCUUUGCUGAUAGUGUACUUAAGAUUGCGGUACAAAUAAAAUUACAUCAUUGUGUUUAAAUAUGCUACAAACGAACAUAUUGAGAAAGAAAACAAUUUUAAUUAUAUAAUUAUCUGAUCAUGUAUUGGUACUUAUAUUUCUACAUUAUGUAUAUUGGCGCUACUUAAAUUGUUACGUAAGGUAUUAUAUUAUAUUGUUGUUAAAUGUUACCAACUAUUAACAGGUGACACAAAUGUGUUAACUCUGAUUAGUAAUAAAACGACUAUAACAGCUCAAA